GUACCCGCUUACACAGUGCAGCCGAUUAAAAAACGACAACAAUGAGCUAAAAUUCAUUAAAAUAACGAACGAUGGGAAAAAAUCGAAGUUGACAAUGUUACUUUGGAAAGUAGAAAGGACUUGAAGUCGGCAGAAUGUGCAAGAAUGUGAAUACAGUGACGUGGGAGUCGGAGACCCUGAUGGGGACGCCGAAGACCUCGCGAUGGGGGCAGUUGUGUCCACGGGAAGCUCUCUCACAUAUAGGCCUGUUUGUUGCUCUCAUGCUCUACACAGCCGGGGGUGGACUGGUGUUUCGUGCCUUGGAAUAUCCAGCUGAAAUGGCGAAGAAGGAAUUCCACAAGGAGCGUCUAAUAGAGGAACGAUGGAAUUUGAUAAAUUUAGUAUCAGACAACAACUUGAACUUCACACAGUGGCUUCAACAGUUGGAGUAUUACGAAAAGGUACUGGCAGAUGCAACGUCUAAUGGUAUAUCACCAGAGGUAGCAAGAAACGCUAGCACAUCGGUGGAAGAAAAAUGGAGCAUUCUGCAAGCAGUUUUCUUUUCAUCUACAGUGCUCACCACUAUAGGUUACGGGAACAUAGUCCCUGAAACUUUUUGGGGACGACUGUUUUGUAUCGUAUACGCUUUGGUUGGCAUCCCGUUAACGCUUACGGUCAUCGCCGAUUUGGGUAGAGUCUUUGCCACUGUCGUUUCGGUGACCGCCAAGCAUCUACCUGAAAUGCCCAAAUGUUGCAGCAGAGUUGCAGAAGCAAAUCCAACAAGUCAAAGAUCCUUAUACGCUUUGUGGGCAGUGGGCUUUUUGUUUGUAUACCUUGCUGCCGGAGCUGGUCUCUUCAAGAUGUGGGAAAAUGAUUGGACUUUCUACGAUGGAUUCUACUUUUGCUUCAUCACUAUGACCACUAUUGGAUUUGGUGACCUUGUACCAAAGAAACCCAAAUAUAUGUUGCUAUGCACGCUCUACAUCCUUAUUGGAUUGGCGUUAACAUCAACAAUCAUUGAGCUUGUGCGGCGGCAAUACGCAAGAUCUUGGCAGCAACUUCGAGCACUCUCAGGUCCCUUGGCUGAGACCCUGAAGAGACUGGGAGACGCUGGACGGGGGGUCGAUGUGUCUGCUUUGCACAAUGAUCUUCGAAAAGUGCUAACAGUGGUAACUAUGCCUCGUUUAAGUGGUGGAAAGGAUGGCCUAAGCGAGAAACGACGACUGGAAUGGGAGGCGGCUGUUGAAGCUGUCAUCAGAGACAUCACUACUCCUGCACCUACGCAGCAGAAACCACCUAUUGUUCAAAUUGUUAUCUAUGAGUCUUCGGUGUAGAAAAAAGUCUAGCUGAAGACUGAUGAUAUAAAAAUCUCGUGGAAUUAUGUCAAUGUGAUAGAAAGAAAAAGCACUAAAAAAUGUCAAUCAUCAAAAAAAAAUCGUGUGGUUCUCGGAGCGUCCAAUGAUUUUUGAAAUCAGGACCAUUAAGUUCACUGCUCCAAUUUUCGAUGUAAAGUCCGUUACAGUUUGAACAUUUUCUUAGUACGUUCUCACAAGCUUCAAUACGUCUCACUUUUCUAUUUCUUACGAUUGUUAAAUGCGACAAUUGGCUGCGUUUCAAUUGUACGAAGCACGAUUGGCGCCCUUUCCUGCGUGACUUUUGGACUUUAUCGUCUCUCGCCCGAAAGUUCAAGGUCGAAGCUUGAAUUUCUGCUGUAACGUUUCUGCUGAAGCACUGCCUAUUUGAAUCUUUGUAUUAGAAAGCAGCGAUGGAAGUGAAAGUGUUGGUAUGUGGAAUGCGAUAAAAAAAUUGUGGUCUUUGAACUGUAUGUGACAUUGUAAAUGCGAUAUGAAAUAUAUUGGUUACUAUCAAUGACACCCCAGUUGUCAAUCUGGCAGAAAUAAAAAUAGAUGAAAAUAUUGUUAUAUCAUUUAUUUUCUAUUAUAUAUUAGUCCAAAAAGGACAACCGUAUUUGCAGAUCUAUUAAAUUAUAAUUAUAAAUUAAAGCGCCUCGUCAAUGGCUAACAUGUUCGCUAAAUUUGUGGUGGACAUUUUUGGUUUAGGUAAGGGACGUGUAUUCCGUAGAUAGGGCAGCUCCUUUCCUUUAUAAAAAUAAAGGAAAGGAGCGGCCCUUAGAGGAUGGAAAAAAUUUCCAUCCUCUAAGAUAAACCUAUUGUUAUCUCAUUAAUUUUCUAUUAUAUAUUAGUUCAAAAAGGACAACCGUAUUUGCAGAUCUAUUGAAUUAUAAUUUAAAUUAAAGCGCCCCAUCAAUGGCUAAUAUGUUGGCUAAUGUAUAGCCCUGCAAAAUUAGAGUCACGGAAACUAGAACGUUAUUAGAAAAAGCAUGUGAUAAUUCCUUUAUAUUAUCAUCAUAAAGAGUGCGAGCUGUAUCAAGCGAUCAGUGAACGUGUGAGGUGUGAAAGGUAUUUAAUAAUUAUUUGUAUAUUAUGUAGAUGAGCAACGUGCGUAGGAAUUGUUGAUUCUGUGUUAAUACUCUUGCCAUAUCUAAAAGCACUUACCUUUUCUUGGAAAUUAUAGAACAAAAUCUAUGUUUUGAUCUAUAAUUUCAAUGACCAUCAUUCUUCUUUAUAUAAAAUAAAUAUAUCGUAUAUUUACAUUUUAAAUAAGGAAAUUGAUUUUGUGUUCAACUUGAAUACUAUUUAUAAUACCUUAAUUAACAUUGUGACACAUAUGUAUAUGAAUAUUGAGUUCUGUCUUUUUUAUUUACACAGUACCUGGUUCUGUUAUUUUAGAAGGUUAUCAAUAAACGAUAUUACA